UAACCCCGUUUCGGCAGCUCAGCUGCUGGGUACCGGGAUGCUGCUGCCUCCAUCCCGGGCACUCACGUUCAGCGGAGCCAAAUCCCCCGGGAGCAGCAGGGGGGGGGGGGGGAUGCUCCAUUAUCCGGCUCCUGCUGUGUCGGAGGCAGCUGGACCGGCCGUACAUUAAUAGAUUACACAGAGGAUUUGGGCUCUGUGCAGGCAGCGAGGGGAGCGCUGGCAGGAGGCAGCGCGGGCAAGGCCAAGGCUGCUGGGCGAGCCGGCGGGCACCGACACGGCCCCCCGCUCCCCCCCAUAACACCUUUUCCAGCCGAGCCCUACAGAGACCCCAACUGCUGCCAUGGAUGAGUGGGACCUCCCCCAGUGGAAGAAGGAGGUGGAAAGCCUGAAGUACCAGCUGGCCUACAAGCGGGAGAUGUCCUCCAAGACAAUACCUGAGUUUGUGAAGUGGAUCGAGGACGGCAUUCCCGAAGAUCCCUUCCUCAACCCGGAGCUGAUGAAGAACAACCCUUGGGUGGAGAAAGGCAAAUGCACCAUCCUCUGAGGGGUUGCCACCCCCACCACCACGUCGGCUCCUGCCGCCCCUCGCUCCCCCCCCCCACUGAAUGUACUUUUUUAUUAGCUAACUCCCUAAUAUGACUACCUGAACAAAAACCCUA